UCGCACAACAAAAACAACACAUCAUCAUACCAUCUGCGGAGCUGCGGUCGAUGGACGAACUGAACGCAGUUGAAAAAGUUGUAGAAUUUCGUGAAAUAAGUGCAAUUUCGUGGUGAAUCGACAUGAUUCACAGUUUAUUCAUUGUCAAUUCCAGCGGCGAUGUAUUCUUGGAGAAACAUUGGCGCAGUGUCGUGUCCCGGACGUGCGUUUCCUACUUUUUGGAUGUUCAAAGGGAGAACCCCAAUGAUGUUCCACCGGUGAUUUCGACACCACAUCACUAUCUGGUUUCGAUCCAGCGCGGCGGUGUCUCGCUGGUCGCAGCAUGCAAACAGGAAUGUCCUCCUUUGUUCGUCAUUGAGUUCCUGCACCGGGUGGUGGAUACGUUCGAGGAUUACUUUUCCGAGUGUACGGAAAGCAUCAUAAAGGAGAACUAUGUGGUAGUGUAUGAACUACUAGAUGAGAUGUUGGACAAUGGAUUCCCGCUGGCGACGGAGAGCAACAUCUUGAAGGAGCUGAUCAAGCCGCCGAAUAUUCUACGAACGAUUGCCAACUCCGUGACGGGAAAAUCAAAUGUCAGCGGGACACUUCCAACCGGUCAACUGUCCGCUAUUCCAUGGAGAAGAACUGGUGUGAAGUAUACCAACAAUGAGGCAUACUUCGACGUGGUAGAAGAGGUAGAUGCCAUCAUCGACAAAAAUGGACAGACUAUCUUCGCUGAAAUUCAAGGAUAUAUUGACUGCUGCAUCAAACUGAGCGGAAUGCCCGACUUAACGUUAUCCUUUAUGAACCCGCGCCUCUUCGAUGACGUUUCCUUCCAUCCGUGUGUUCGCUUCAAACGCUGGGAAUCGGAACGCAUUCUCUCGUUCAUUCCACCGGACGGAAACUUUCGGCUAAUGUCCUACCACGUGGGGUCGCAGAGUGUCGUAGCAAUUCCAAUCUAUGUGCGGCACAAUCUGAGUCUUAAACCGGGCGAGCAGGGCCGAAUGGACAUCACGGUGGGUCCCAAGACGACACUGGGCCGCGUGGUAGAGGGUGUCAAGCUGGAGAUUCGGAUGCCGAAGGCGGUACUGACCUGUGCGCUGCUCGCCAGCCAGGGCAAGUAUACGUUCGAUCCGGUGACGAAAACCUUGCACUGGGAUGUGGGAAGGAUUGACGUUACCAAAUUGCCGAACAUUAGGGGAACGGUUUCGGUGGCGUCGGGUUGCACUUCGUUGGAAACGAGUAUUGAUAGAGUACAAUUCACCAUAUCGCAGCUUGCAGUUUCCGGAUUGAAAGUCAAUCGAUUAGAUAUGUACGGCGAAAAGUAUAAACCUUUCAAAGGGGUAAAGUAUGUAACGAAGGCUGGUAAGUUCCAGAUACGAAUGUGAAUAAGUAUUUUGCUCUAUUGUGUCAAUCUCAAACGUAUUUUAUGUUGAUGUCAUCCAGUUAUAUAAAUUAUUCAAUUAAUUAUAUCAUUCCAAA